AGUCGUGAGCCGAACCGCACAGGAUCCAGUCCCCACCAGUGGAUAUUGGGAUCAGACUUUGAAUGGACCUUCUAUAUUCAUAAGGUGAUGUUGGGGUUAUUCGGGGAUGUUUUUUCUGGUUUCUUCCGAGGCUUCAGCACGACCGGCGUCUCCCUGAAUUCUGAAGCCAUCAAUCUUCUCCACCACAUUCGCCUUCUCUGCUCUCGCGGCCACCUCCAAGAAGCUCUCAAACUCUUCUACUCCAUCACCCCACCACCUCCACUCGUGCAUUCCCACCACACCUACGCCGCUCUCUUCCAGGCGUGCGCCCGCCGCAGUUCUCUCUCCCUAGGCCAAGCUCUCCACUGCCACAUGCUUUUACACAACCCCAACUCUGAUUUCAACCUCUUUUUGACCAAUCAUGUUGUCAACAUGUAUGCAAAAUGUGGGUCAUUGGAUUAUGCCCACCAAAUGUUUGAUGAAAUGCCGGAGACGAAUAUUGUUUCCUGGACUGCUCUCGUUUCUGGGUAUGCCCAGCAUGGUCGGUCUGAUGAGUGUUUUAGGGUCUUUAGGGGCAUGUUGAUUUGGCACCGGCCAACGGAGUUUGCGUUUGCCAGCGUGAUUAGUGCUUGUGGUGGGGACGACAAUUUUGGACGGCAGGUACACGCGCUUGCGUUGAAGACUUCUUUUGAUUCUUGUGUUUAUGUCGGGAAUGCUCUUAUUAUGAUGUAUUGCAAGAGUUGUGGUGGCGCGGAUGAGGCUUGGAAUGUGUAUGAGGCGAUGGGGUUUCGCAAUUUGGUUUCUUGGAAUUCUAUGAUUGCAGGGUUUCAGGUCUGUGGAUGUGGAAAUCGAGCACUUGAGCUCUUCUCACAGAUGCACAUUGGUGGAAUUCGGUUUGAUCGCGCCACACUGGUCAGCAUUUUUCCUUGCUUGUGUGGAAUGGGUGAUGGUCUUGAAUGUUGUUUUCAAUUGCAGUGUCUUACUAUAAAAACUGGGUUUAUCUCAAAAAUAGAAGUGGCCACUGCCUUGGUCAAGGCUUAUUCUAGUCUAGGAGGAGAGGUCAGUGAUUGUUAUAGGAUCUUCUUGGAAUUGGAUGGCCGUCAAGAUGUUGUUUCUUGGACUGGGAUUAUAGCAGCUUUUGCAGAACGGGACCCAAAAGAAGCACUCCUCCUCUUUCGGCAGUUUCUUCGAGAGUGUUUGGCUCCAGAUCGUCAUAUGUUCUCCAUUGUCUUAAAAGCUUGUGCUGGUCUUGCAACUGAGCGGCAUGCAUUGACUGUCCAGUCACAUGUUCUAAAAGUUGGAUUUGAGGGUGACACUGUGCUUGCAAAUGCCUUGAUUCAUGCUUGUGCUAGGUGUGGCUCCGUAGCAUUGUCAAAGCAAGCUUUUGACAAAAUGGGAUCCCGUGAUAUAGUUUCUUGGAAUUCAAUGUUGAAGGCAUAUGCUAUGCAUGGGCAAGGUAAGGAGGCAUUGCAACUCUUUUCACAAAUGGAUGCUCAACCUGAUGGCGCCACCUUUGUUGCUCUCCUCUCAGCUUGUAGUCAUGCUGGAAUGGUGGAAGACGGAGCUAAAAUAUUUGAGACAAUGUCUAACAAUCAUGGUAUUGUUCCUCAACUUGAUCAUUACGCCUGCAUGGUUGAUAUUCUUGGUCGAGCUGGUCAAAUUUCUGAGGCAAAGGAGCUUAUAGACAAAAUGCCAAUGGAGCCUGAUUCAGUGGUCUGGAGUGCUUUGCUUGGAAGUUGUAGGAAACAUGGUGAAACCAAGUUGGCCAAGUUAGCUGCAGUGAAAAUAAAGGAGUUGGAUCCCAAUAAUUCAUUAGGAUAUAUAUUGAUGUCAAACAUAUUUUGUACAGAUGGUCGUUUUAAUGAAGCAAGAUUAAUAAGAAGGGAGAUGGAAGGGAAGACAGUGAGAAAGGAACCUGGUUUGAGUUGGAUUGAGGUUGGAAAUCAGGUACAUGAGUUUGCCUCUGGAGGCCAACAACAUCCAGAAAAAGAGGCCAUAUGUGCCAGGCUUGAAGAGCUAGUUAGGCGAUUGAAGGAUUUGGGUUACAUGCCUCAAAUAAGUUUGGCCUUGCAUGACAUAGAAGAUGAACAUAAAGAGGAGCAACUGUAUUACCACAGUGAGAAGCUGGCUUUGGUUUUUGCUUUGAUGAAUGUAGGUAGUAUGUGUUGCAAUGGGAACACUAUAAAGAUUAUGAAGAAUAUUCGAAUUUGUGUAGAUUGUCAUAACUUUAUGAAGCUGGCAUCAGAACUUGUUGACAUGGAGAUUGUUGUGAGAGAUUCAAAUCGUUUUCACCAUUUUAAAGCGAAGCUGUGCUCUUGCAAUGAUUAUUGGUGACAAACCACUAUUACUAAACAUAGUGGAGAUCAUCAAGAUGAAUAUGUCCAUUGCUUUGAAA